AGCGAUGCGAGCUGCGUUGCGUGGUCAUUCGGGAAACCGGCCCCUCACCGAUGCUCCUAUGGCGCUGUCUGGCUCCCCUUGGGCUCAUACCCGCGCCGCGUUGGGGCGGCUGGAGCAGGCGCUGAGCUGCUCCCGCUGCGCCGGUGUCCUGCGGCAGCCCGUGUCUCUGGGGCAAUGCCAACACGUCUUCUGCCUAUCUUGCGUGGAUGACUGUGUUGGCACAGAGUGCCCAGUGUGCCACAUGCCAGCCUGGGUGCAAGAUGCACAGAUAAACCGGCAGCUCGAUAACAUGGUUCAACUUUGCAGCAAGAUGCGGCACCUGCUGGGUCCGGACACCUCAGAUUCAGUGGAGCGUAUGUCCACACCAACUAACUCAGACUCUGGAAAAAAGAAUAAGAAGGAACAAAUGAAAAUGUGGUUCAGCCCAAGAAGUAGGAAGAUUCGAUGCAUCUUGAAUCAGAGUCAACCUGAGGCUAAAAGCCAUGACCUUUGCCAAGACACAUCUUCAAUUUAUGAUUUCUUUCCUUCCCCUCCUCAUGAAAAGCAAUCCAAGCCAAUAAAAAAGCCAACACAGAGUAAAAAGAUGAAGAAGAAACGUCUAGCAGACAUCAACAAAAUGUGGAGCUUAGAGAAGGCUGAGGAGAAAGAUGGAGUCAAGGAGAAGACUCACAAGGAAAAGUGUGUGACCAUCUGCAGUGAACCAGUAGUGCUGUGCACUCCAGAAGCAAACAGCCCUGAAGAGGCACUUCAGCAGGAGUCUGUAAAGGAAGCUAACUCCAGCAAAAAUACAGAAAUUGUGGAAAUAUCACCACAGGUAAAAUCCCUGGAGAGAAAAGGUAACAGUGAUUUUGUGUGUCCUGCACAAGUCAUCAAGGAAAAACACUGUGCUGCAGAGGCAUCACUGUCAGUAGAAAAUGAAACUACACCUUUAAAACGUGAAAGGGAGCCAUCCAGACUUCCAGUUACUUCUCAGUCUAAGAGACCUAGAAGAAGUGAGAGGAGCAGUACUGGGAAGCCAGGCAGUCAGGCAGAUUGCUUAGAGGAGUUACCUCAGGGUUGCUCCAUCUCCACAGCAACUGAACACAAGACACCAGUUCAGAUUUCUUCCUCUGUAUCAAAACCCGCUAACAUAGUCAUGAAGACAAGAAGCUCUGCUGUCUUUCAAGCAAUAAAUAGUCCUUCACUUUUGAAAUCUCCUUCUACCCCAUCUACUUUUAAGACUUGUGAUCAUGUAGGAAUACCACACAGUCCUUCUGUGUUGAGAUCCCCUGGUGGUAACGCAAAUGCCAGAAGAAAUUACAAAGGAGAGACUUUGCUCCACGUUGCUUCCAUCAAGGGUGACUUAGAAGCUGUUGAACAACUGCUGAAAAAUGGGGCAGAUCCCAAUGUCAAAGAUCAUGCUGGCUGGACACCGCUGCAUGAGGCAUGUAAUCAUGGGCACAAAGAAGUGGUGGAGCUGCUGCUACAACACAAGGCGUUAGUGAAUACUACAGGGUACCAGAAUGACUCACCGCUUCAUGACGCUGCCAAGAACGGGCACGUGAGCAUUGUUGAGCUGCUGCUUUUACAUGGUGCCUCCCGUGAUGCUGUUAAUAUAUUUGGUCUGCGGCCUGUGGACUAUGCAGAAGGUGAAAAGAUGAAAUCUGUGCUAAUGCUGCCAGUCAAGAAUGAAUCAUUUUCACUUAAGCAACCCUCUGAGGUGCUGAGCCCCAGCCAGCCAAGAGGUGGACCUCUUGGUAUACUGGGGAGCAAUCUUAGUUCAAAGCAACAGAAAUUGCUGAACAAACUAGCAACAGUUCUGGAGGCUCAGAGGUGUACUGAAUUUAACAGCAGAGUAACUCAUCUUGUUAUCCCUGGUGUUCCGAUGCCAAGUACUGUCAAAUGUAUGAUGGCUGUCCUGACUGGAUGUUGGGUCCUCAAAUUUGAAUGGGUGGAAGCCUGUCUACAGAGCACAGUCCGAGAGCAAGAGGAAAAGUAUGAAAUCCAAGGUGGCCCACAAAGAGCCCGGCUCAACAGAGAACAGCUGCUACCUAAGUUGUUUGAUGGAUGCUACUUCUAUUUUUGGGGAUCUUUCAGCCAUCACCAGAAGAGCGAUCUUGUGGAGCUGGUCAAAGAAGCAGGAGGACAAAUUCUGGUUAGGCAGCCAAAACCAGACAGUGAUGUGACGCAGACAAUCAACACGGUGGCUUACCACGCAGAAUCUACUUCUGACCAGAGGUUUUGCACUCAAUACAUAAUCUAUGAUGCGUCUUCUAAAUUCAAGCCGGAGAAAGUUCGUCAGGGCAAAGUCUGGAUGGCCCCUUCCAGUUGGCUUAUAGACUGUGUGAUGUCGUUUCAGCUCCUGCCUGUAAAAUGAGCAUCAGUGUCUCAUGAGCAAGGUUUUACAAUGUGGUGGCUCUUGAGCAGUUGGCACACACUGGUAAACACUGGUCUGAAGCUAUGAUUUAUGGUUUGCACUUAGGAACGCAGGAGAGCUUUGACUGUUCAAAUGGUUUCCUAAGAUCACCAAUAUGCUGGAGUAAAUGAACUUAAAAUGGAGGAGAGGGAUAAACGUACUGCACUGAAAAAUGUGCCUUGGAUUAUUUUGUAUACUUUACUUUUGCAUUUAACUUCUCUGUAAUAAUCACUGACAUUUUGUAACUAAGAUUUUGCAAAAUGAAACCUUUGCUUUCUUGAUUUCAAGCAGCCCUUUUUAGGUGGUAGAGUGUGAUCCCAUUUCUUUUGUGCUUAGUAUCCAUUGACAGGGAUCAAUGUGUGUCAAGUUUUCCCAGCUAGGACAGAAUUUAUAUAUUUACAAGAAAACCCCUCUCUGCAUUUCAACAGAGCUAUUUGCCUGUGUAGACCUCUGUUCUGUUAGACAACGUGGUAUUUCUUAUAACUUCUUACAGCUGAAUUUUGCAAGAAAUACUUGUCAUAGGAUAAGCUUUGUAGAAAUUGUCGUAGAACUAAUGGCCUGAAUUAAUUUGAAAGCAGAUAUUUUUGAAAACACUAUCAUUAAAAAUCUUGGCCUAACAUUCCCUGUUUCUAGCAAGAGUAAUGCUUGAUGCACUUCUAUCCCCUUUCACGUUUGUAAAUGUUUAACUUGAAAUGGAUACUAUUUUCUGAAGAUUUUUUAAGCAUCAGGAUCCUUACU